CUUCUGCGCGCCAGCGGCGAUGGCUGCCAGGCCGAGCCUCGCGGAGCUGAAGGCCGCCGGCCGCGCCGAGCGGGCCGCCGCGCGGAGGCGGCUUGAGGCCGAAGGCGCCCGCGCGCAGGCCGCGGACGAGCUGUGGGCGGAGGCCUUCGACGCCGUGUGCGACGCGGCGGAUCUGGAGGCCAGCAUCGAGAGGAUGGCGGUGCCCAGCGGCGCGACGGUGCUCGUCCUCGUGCCCGGCUUCGCCUCGUGGGGCGCGUUCACGCGCGAGCACGCCGCGCGGUGGCGCGGCGCCGCGGUGCUGCCGCAGGGGCGCGGCGCGCUCGCGCUGGCCUUCCGCUGGCCGUGCGGCGAGGUGCGGUGGUCCGCGGAGGACGCGCACGUGGAGGCGGCGGCCGCCUGGCAGGGGGCGCACGAGGCCGCGCCCGCUGCCGCGGCCGGGCUCGCACGGCUGCUCGCCCAU